GGGCCGCGGGCCGGAGUGCGAGCGGGAGCCGGACGCAGGAGCCGCCAUGCCCCCCGGGCCGCCGUGCGCCUGGCCGCCCCGCGCCGCGCUCCGCCUGUGGCUGAGCUGCGUCUGCUUCGCGCUGGUGCAGGCGGACAGUCCCUCGGCCCCUGUGAAUGUCACCGUCAGGCACCUCAAGGCCAACUCUGCGGUGGUCAGCUGGGAUGUCCUGGAGGAUGAGGUUAUCAUCGGGUUUGCCAUCUCUCAGCAGAAGAAGGACGUGCGGAUGCUUCGCUUCAUUCAGGAGGUGAACACCACCACCCGCUCGUGCGCCCUCUGGGAUCUGGAAGAGGACACAGAGUACAUUGUGCAUGUGCAGGCCAUCUCCAUUCAGGGCCAGAGCCCAGCUAGUGAGCCUCUGCUCUUCAAGACCCCACGUGAGGCCGAGAAGAUGGCCUCUAAGAAUAAAGAUGAGGUGACCAUGAAGGAGAUGGGGAGGAACCAGCAGCUGAGAACAGGCGAGGUGUUGAUCAUCGUUGUGGUCCUCUUCAUGUGGGCAGGUGUUAUAGCUCUCUUCUGCCGCCAGUAUGACAUCAUCAAGGACAAUGAGCCCAAUAACAACAAGGAGAAAACCAAGAGUGCAUCGGAAACCAGCACACCAGAGCACCAGGGCGGGGGGCUCCUCCGCAGCAAGAUAUGAAACCUUUCAGUGCUUGCCCUGAGCAGCUCCGAAGACAGUAGAGAAUGUGAGAGGACCUCACUGUUCUGACGAUGACUGUCCAACAAACAUCUGGCCCUCUCUGCGUCUCCUUCCCCAUCCAUCUUCUCCGAUCAUCGGGCUUUACUGUCUUCUCUCUUGGCUUCUCUCUUUCUGAUGUCUUGUCCUGAAGUCUCUUAUUAACCCCUAACUCCAGGAGCACCUCAACAAUGUCAGUGUCUCAGUCUGCACCCAGAGACACAACUGCAGAAUGUGAGAACCAGCCAGAGGGAUGUCUUUGCUGCGGGUAGACUGGGUGCCAGGGUUCUUGGCACAGGACUCAUGUCUUGGCCACUCGGCUUGACCAAAGGCUGUGUGUGAAAGGGCAGAGAAAUGAGACUUCCAGGCAGGGCUAUUCCUUUCUUCCUGUGAGGGACAAGAGCCUGGUGUUUAGGCUGCAGCCCCACUAUUCCUUCCCUCCUCGGCCCUGUUUCCCAUCUUGCAAGAAGUCUGUUCAACCAGCUCCGGCCACUUCUCUUUUGUUCCCUUCCCAGUUUCCAAACGAGGCCUCACUGAACAUCAUCAAAGUGUGGCGGGCCCGUCUGCAGGGGAAGGGUUUCAUUCUCUGCUGGUCCCUGAGCCCUUCCUGGGCCCAGGGUGAAAGCUGACUAAAGCGGUGGGGGCCCAGCUAGCCAUAGUUCCUUUUCCCCAUCUUAGUCUGAUGGAGGCUGAACUAUAAACCCAAAUUCUACGCAUACACACACACACACACACACACACACACACACACACACACACACACACACACACAAAAUCAAAUAAGCCACAAAGCUAGAAGGCCGGGCUGCACUCUGGGAAGGCAACGCUGCAUGAGACACUGCCGGCCUCCCACCUCCUCGCUUCUUCUGGACUGGCUUCCUCUUUGAGAUAAUGCACAAAGCUCUGGGAGAAAGCAAGACUGGCUCCUGGCUCGAGCUGUGGCCCUUCAACCGAGGCACCAGGGAAGCUGUGGGGCUGCCUGCCUUUCAGGGUCCUGACGCCAUCAAGCCCAUUCUAGAUCCGGCCAAAAAGGACAUGUGCGGUGUGAGGCACACCUUUGCGAAUGUGUUUGAGGUUACUGUCCGGACUCGGAAAACACAUCAGAGGGCUGCACUCCAGAGGGUGGAGGCUUCCGCCCAGGCCGGAGCCGACGGCUUUCGUCUGCGGCCUUCUUUGUGGUGAGAUCAUCAGUAUGGAGUUUGAAGGUACUGGAAGGUACUGCCCACUUUUAAAGGAAGUACCUGGGCAUUACAGCAGCGUCGGCUUGGACAGCUGAAAAGGGCGCGUCCAUAUCCUACUCCCUAGGGGCUGCUGAGCGCCCUGCUGGAAAGCCAUUCACCAGAGAGCAGCUUCGCCGUCACUCCUGGCCUCUGGGUCUUUGGAUCUUGCCAUCUCAUUCAGGGUCCUAUGGAAGCUAUCCAGGGUUCUCAUGUCCUUCCCUGGAGCUUGAAGUGUGAAGUGACAGCUAGUUCUCUCUCUCUCUCUCUCUCUCUCUCUCUCUCUCUCUCUCUCUCUCUCUCUCUCUCUCUCUCUCCUCUGCCCCUUCUGGUUUAAAAAAAAAAGGUGCUUGAUGAGGCAAGCAGACUUCUCUGGGACUGAUGCACCAUGGCUGCCAAAUGGGAAAAGUGGACUCUCCAUCUUCCACUGGUGGCCAAGGUAGUGUGGGAGCUGUUCCCAGCACACAGUAGGUGCUUGGUGAGUACCUGUUGUACUGAAUGAUGAGCACUGGUGCCCAAGCCAGAGAGCUAAAAGCCAUCACCCAACGACUGCCCCUUCAUUCGGGUCUCUAACAGCUCUCAAGGCUGGGUCAGCCACCGUUCUGCUUGUACCGAGUGUGGCAGCACAGGAGAGGAGAGACAGAUAAGGGCAGAUGUCAGCAAUACUAAGGGCUUCCUCCUGGGAGGGCAUGAGGCUCCACUCAUUGUCUUGUGACUUCCAUCCCUGCUGAAUGGGGCUGCAAGGCCAAGGCUCCUUAAGAGAGGUCCUUACCUCGAUCCAGUUAGAGCAAUAACCACUUUUUAAAUGUAAAAUAAAGACAAAUGAAAAGGCA